GUAAUUUAUAAAUGAAUUUUGAGUUCCUGAGUAUUGUAGAACUUGCUCUUGGUUUUGUAUUAGUCAGGGUUACAUUUUUGUCUGAAUCCUCCUGAGCCUGGACAUUAUUCUCUGCAUUCUGGUCAGCAUUCUGGUUGCUGUGUUCUCACCAAAACUGCCCACUAAGCUCCGCAUACAGCCUUUGAAGCUGCCUUCUGUAGCCUCCCUUCUCCACAGUUCCAAACUUGGGUAGAUGAGUGCCCUCUGCAUAGUAUCGUCAGGCAGAGUCACACGGUGACCCCACUUUUGGGCUCUCGUUUUCAGGGUUAAGUUUCCAGCAUUGUGACAGAACUAACUGAGAAGAAUGAACUUUAUUUUAUUUGUGUGUGCGCAGGAGGGGUACACAUGUGCUGUCGUAUGUUUGGAGGUUGGAGGACAACUCUGGGAGUGGGAUCCAAGGUUAAACUCAGGUCGGGCUUGUGUUACAAGUGCCUUCAGCCACUGUGCCCUCUUGACAGCUUUAGAAAAUGAGUUUGGACAAGGAAAGACACGAGCAGCUUAUCUCUCUGAAGCCAUGAAGUUGACACAGUCGGAGCAGGCUCACUUAUCACUGGAACUGCAACGGGACAGCCACAUGAAACAGCUUCUCCUCAUCCAGGAGAGGUGGAAGAGAGCAAAGCGGGAGGAGCGCUUGAAAGCGCAGCACAGCACAGACAGGGACGGAACUCCCCACCUGCAGGCAUCUCACAAGCCCUCUGAGGACGCGGAGGGCCAGAACCCUCUUCUUCCUCAGACACACAUCCCUUCCGCAGAGAAGCGCCUCCCUGAGCUUCAGGGGGUCCUUGACAGGGAUCCAGACACACUGCUCUAUUUACUUCAGCAAAAGAAUGAGCCAACAGAACCGUGUAUUGGAAGCAAAGCCCCAAAAGAUGAUAAAACAAUUAUAGAGGAGCAGGCAACCAAAAUUGCAGAUUUGAAGAGGCAUGUGGAAUUUCUUGUGGCUGAAAAUGAAAGAUUAAGGAAAGAAAAUAAACAACUAAAGGCUGAGAAGGCCAGACUUCUGAAAGGUCCGACGGAGAAGGAGCUGGACGUUGAUGCCGACUUUGUGGAGAAGUCGGAGCUGUGGAGCUUGCCACCACACUCGGAAACUGCCACAGCCUCUUCAACCUGGCAGAAGUUUGCCUCCAACACUGGGAAAGCCAAGGACAUUCCAAUCCCUAAUCUUCCUCCUCUGGAUUUUCCAUCUCCAGAACUUCCUCUUAUGGAGCUCUCUGAGGACAUUCUGAAAGGAUUCAUGAAUGAUUAAAAUGGGAAGCCAUUGGAGAGGCUGGUGACACAGAUAAUCCAGAAAAGAAUACAAAGGGAAAGAAAGUCAUGCCCCAGGGGAUCCCAGAAAUGCUCCUUCAUCUGGUAUACUGUGGGAGGAGAGGCGGUGCCAGGACCUGGGAAAGUCACUGUGAAACAUCACUUAUCUUAUGACUAAAGCUCAUGUUUCCGACUGGGCAGACACUGAACUCUUGGAUGGAGGUUCGCUUUCUUAUGAUACAAACCAAAUGGCUACCUGGAAUAAUUUUUCAAACAGUUAUUUUUCUUAUCUUCAGGGUUAAAUGUAUAAAAGUAUGUCAUGUGUAAUUAAUCUAUAAUGCCAUAAAUGAUAAUGCAAAAGCUAAAUAUGGUGGCCUGAGAGGCUCACUUGUAUUUGGAACAUGCUUUCUAUCAUGCAUUGACUGUAUGCAUUUUAUGCACAUUUUGUUUGUUGAGAUUCGGUGUGUAAGAUACACCCUUCCAGAUGGAACUGUAUGUGCCACAGUUUGCACUACUCAUAAUAUAAUGAUAACCUCAAGACUAUCAGGAGAAAUAUUUACAUUUCCAUUUUAUGAAGAAAGGAACCAAAUUAUUAGUUAUGCUUUUUAAAAAAAUUACCAGUUUACAUAAUUAAUCAGGGUGCAUUUUAAGUUCUAACUUUGUGUUAUAUGAUGCAUCAUUUGUAAAUUCUGAGGAACUCUCCUUUGUUCUGAAUGAUGCAUGUGUGAAAGUAAUGCUAGUUAGCAGUAUUUGAUUGUAAGAAAUCAAUAAAGUAAUUGUGUUUCAUACCCUC